GGAGCGCAAGCGGGAAAGCGGCUGCUAAAUUAAUAACUCUCCCGUUGUUCAAAGUGAUCGUUGAGGCGGCUCCGCCGUUGACCCGGAAGGGCUCGGCGGAGGCGGGGAAAUUUUGAACAAUGUGCUCUGAAAACGGUGAUUUAGAGGCUGUGUUCUGGAAUUCGGAUUUCAAGCAAUGGCAAGCAACUGAGCUGAUGAACUAGCUUGAUACCUUGGAAACUUCUUCAUCUGGGGGAAGGUGAUGUCAUGAAGGAGUGACACCCUGCAGUCUGCUCUGUUAACUCCAUGGGAAAAGAGACUUUCCAGACUGAAGCUGAGGCCUUGGCAAGAAAACACAAGAUGUCUCCUGAAUCCAAAAAGCUUUCCAACAUCAUUAUCUUGGGAGUCUCAUUUAUGCUUAUAUUCACUGCUUUCCAAACCUGUGGAAAUAUUGCGCAAACUGUUAUCACAAAUUUAAACAGCACGGACUUCCAUGGCAGUGGCUACACAAGCAUGUCCAUCAUUUAUGGAGUAUUCUCUGCAUCAAAUCUUAUCUCACCCUCAGUGGUUGCAAUAGUAGAACCUCAGCUCUCCAUGGUUGUUAGUGGUGUAUUUUAUAGCCUAUACAUUGCAGUUUUUAUCCAACCUACAACAUGGGCUUUCUACACUGCUUCUGUUUUUAUUGGGAUUGCAGCUGCUGUCCUGUGGACAGCACAGGGAAAUUGCUUGACUGUAAAUUCAGAUGAAAACACCAUUGGAAGGAACAGUGGAGUAUUUUGGGCUCUCUUACAGUCCAGCUUGUUUUUUGGAAACAUGUAUAUAUACUUUGCUUGGCAAGGAAAAACUCACAUAUCAGAGAGUGAUCGCAGAACUGUCUUCAUUGCUCUGACUGUUAUCAGUCUUGUGGGCACAGUUCUGUUCUUUCUGAUUAGGAAACAAGAGGACACAAAAGCUCCAGGGGAGGAAAAUUCUACUAAUGAAAUCCCAGGGGACAGCUCGUCUGCACAAAACAAAAUGACAAGAGCACUGGCUGCCUUCAAGAAAUCUAUAAAGCUGAGCUUCACCAAAGAAAUUAUGCUGCUCAGUGUUACAACAGCAUACACAGGUGUGGAAUUAACCUUCUUUUCUGGAGUAUAUGGGACGUGCAUUGGUGCUGUGAAUAGGUUUGGCAAUGAAGCAAAAAGCCUUAUUGGGCUCUCUGGUAUUUUUAUUGGUGUUGGAGAAAUUUUGGGUGGAGGAAUCUUUGGUUUGCUGAGCAAGAAGAACCGCUUUGGCCGGAACCCUGUGGUGAUGCUUGGCAUCAUUGUCCACUUCUUAGCCUUUUACUUAAUUUUUUUCAACAUACCAAAUGAUGCCCCUAUUGCUCCUAUGGAAGGAACAGAUGAUAUUGCGUACAUGAUUCCAAGCAAAAACGUGGCCAUAUUCUGCAGCUUCCUGUUGGGCCUGGGAGACAGCUGCUUUAACACCCAGCUCCUCAGUAUUUUAGGCUUCCUGUAUUCGGAAGACAGUGCUCCUGCCUUUGCCAUCUUUAAGUUUGUUCAGUCCAUCUGUGCAGCAGUUGCCUAUUUCUACAGCAACUACUUCCUUCUGCAGUGGCAGCUCCUCAUCAUGGUGGUUGUGGGCUUCUUUGGAACAAUUACCUUCUUUCUGGUGGAGCGGAAAGCAGCAGCAACUCUUGCUGCCCGUGGCUCGGACUACAGCAGCAUUUGAUCCAUAUACUGUGCCUAGUCCAACGUAAGGAACAGCAUGGGCACCUUUAUUGUGAAGUAAUGUGAGAAGGUGAAAAGAUCAAGUUGCUGCAGAGUUUGGGAUGAAGGAAGCUACGACUAAAUCACCAUCACUUUAACUGAAUGGGGAACGUGAGAGAAAAUGCCACAUUUGAAAGGCUUUUCUUGCUUUAAUCAGCUGGGUUUGGUAUUUAUGGUCUUAAAAAACCCAGUGUUAGAAAUGGAAGGGAAUGCAGCGAUCUCUGGAUUGAACAACUCUGGUCUGAGAUGUACCUUUCAGGGUGUAAUUGCCUCGUUUCAUUCUGCCAUGCACUACAGAAUUAGUGGUUUUUUUUUCCUCCCUAAACUAUUUUUCCUAUAUCCUGGUUCUGCAGACACUUGAAUUCUUGUAUUGAACAGUGAUAUUUUUAUAGGGUACAUGGUAUACAGAAUGUCUGUGCAGCUGAGAAAUCAAUUUGUCAUUGACUUUGCCAACAAUUAGACAUGCAGAAGUAUUUCUGUGGGAAAUGUUGCCUUCUUAUUCUGUAUCAUCCAGUUCCUUGUUCCCCAUUUGUUUAUUAAUGUAUUUCAUGUGCUUAAAUUUUAUCACAUCCA